AUGUUCGCGACCUUAUGGCCGUGCAAGAUGGCCACAGUCACCGACGUCCAGUUCGAGCACUACCGCAGACCGAAUGCUAUUGGCAUACACGAGACGAGGCCAAGAAUAUCUUGGAAGUUCACGAAUGCGUCGACUGAGUAUCAACAGCAGGCACACGAAGUUGAAUUAUCGCACUGGACAACCGGCAAGACUGGUCUGCAAGUAACGGCAGUGAAAUCGAUCUCAAGAACACACAUCCUCGUCCCUUGGCCGUUCGAGAAACCACUACAGUCUCGACAGAGAUUGUCCAUCCGUGUCAGAGUUUGGGACGAUGAGGGACAGUUGACGGCGUGGAGCGAGCCGUCGUACCUGGAAGUCGGCCUUCUCGACCGUCAAGACUGGCAAUGCGAACGCAUCGCCGCACCUUGGGGACCGGGCACCUCUGCCCCUGAGCCAGAGCAGCUAUUCCGCAAAGAGUUCGCCCUUCACGGCUCAGUGAUACAGGCUCGUUUGUACAUCACGUCGCAAGGUGUUUACGAAGCUGAGGUCAAUGGUCAUCGCGUCGGCGAUCAUUUUCUGGCGCCAGGUUGGACUUCAUAUGACGGGAGACUCCAGUACCAGACAUACGAUGUCAAAGAUCUUCUCAACGGAGACAAUCCAGACAACUGCAUCGGGGUUCGGGUUGCAGAAGGCUGGUUUUCUGGCAGGAUAGGAUUUGAGGGCGGCCAUCGCAACAUCUGGGGCACUCACACAUCCCUCAUCGCCCAGUUAGAGCUCGUGUACUCUGAUGGUCGAAAACAGGUCGUUGGGUCUGAUAGCUCUUGGUCUGUUACCAAAGGACCUAUCAGGCUCGCAGAGAUCUAUGACGGAGAGAAGUAUGACGCAACACUGGAGAUUCCCGACUGGUCAUCUCCUCUGGAAGCCCCGACUGAUUCCGACGUUUGCUGGGAUUCUGUCAUUAUCCUUCCAUUCCUGUCAAAGUCUACACAGCUUAUGGCUGGGUAUGGCGAGCCGGUCCGAAGAAUUGAAGUCAUCAAGCCUCUCACCAAGAUUAUCACUCCCUCGGGAAAGACCAUCAUCGAUUUCGGUCAGAAUCUGGUUGGAUAUCUCCGAUUGUCGAACAUCAAGGGCCCCCGCGGCCACAAAAUCACACUUUCACACGCGGAGGUGCUAGAGAAUGGAGAGCUGGGAACACGACCAUUGAGAAUCUGCAAAGCUAUCGAUGAGUACACUCUCAAAGGAGCUGCUGAAGGUGAAGUCUAUGAGCCGAGGUUCACAUUUCACGGAUUCAGAUAUGCACAGAUAGACGGAUGGGUCAGCAACUACGAUGUCACGUCUUCAGUUGAGGCAGUCGUCUGCCACACCGAUAUGAGUCCAGUAGGGUCAUUCUCAUGCUCCGAUGGCCUUCUCAACAAGCUAUAUCAGAAUGUUACCUGGGGUAUGCGUGGAAACUUCCUCUCGGUACCCACAGACUGCCCUCAACGAGACGAGAGAUUGGGUUGGUCAGGAGACUUGGCCCUGUUUGCGCCCACAGCCUCUCUCAUAUACGACUGUUACGGGAUGCUGAAAAACUGGCUCAAUGACGUUGAGUAUGAUCAGGGUGUCCUGGGUGGCGUUCCGCCCAUGGUCAGUCCGAACGCGACCCUACCGGAUCCUGUUUGGUGUAGGAGAAUUCCGUGCGCCAUCUGGCAUGAUGUUACCAUUCUUGGACCUUGGGUUCUUUAUCUGGACACCGGCGAUGAGAGCAUUCUUGCUCAGCAGUACAACAGCAUGUUGACUUGGAUGAAGGUAUUGCCCCGGAACAAAACCGGUGCCACACAUCUAUGGGAUACGUCUGAUUGGCUCGAUCCCGCUGCACCUCCUGACGCUCCGUGGAAGUCCCCAACUGAUGCCAAAAUGGUUGCCAACAUGUUCCUCAUCCAAAGUCUAAGACUUAUGGACCGCAUAUCAGGAAUUCUUGGGCAAGAAGAUAAGAGAGCAAAGUUUGAAAAGGAGGCGAAAGCAGCCUUGUCGCAGUUCCACGAAGAGUAUGUAACUCAAACCGGGCGCAUGGUAUCGGAUACGCAGGCCGCAUAUGCUCUUGCCAUUUGUCUAGACAUCCUCACUCCGACGCAGAAGGUCAGGGCUGGCAAGAGACUUGUAGAGCUUGUGCGAAAGAACAACUUCAAGAUUGCAACUGGCUUCGCCGGAACCCCAUUCCUCUGUGAGGCGUUGUUCGUCACCGGCAACGUUCAGGUCGCAUACAGCAUGCUUCUGGAGAAGGGGUGCCCAUCUUGGCUGUAUCCCAUCACCAUGGGCGCGACGACGGUGUGGGAAAGGUGGGAUUCAAUGCUGCCGAAUGGAAGCAUCAAUCCGGGCGAGAUGACUUCGUUCAACCACUACACGUUUGGAGCCAUUGCCAAGUUCCUCUUCGAAAGAGUCGCGGGACUUCAACGGCUUGAACCGGGGUGGGCGAGAUGCCGGGUGGCACCGACGGUAGGAGCCGAAUUCUCGCACGCGUCCGCGUCGCAUCUGAGUAGAUAUGGCACAGUUUCAUGCUCCUGGCGAAUUUCAAAGAGUCAGUACGGAGCAGAGACGAUGCAGGUAAAUGUCUCAGUGCCCUACGGAGUGAUCGCCGAAGUUGUUUUACCAGACAGGGCGGGAGAGAAGCUGGAGGUGGUAGGGGUCGGAGAAUGGGAAUUUCAGGCCGAGGUUAUCAGAGACUACGAAUGGCCUGUUUUACCGUUGAAACCAAAGUCUUAG